UCAAUGCUCACCGAAAUAUUUUCCUCAAAUAUUUGAAAAUAAUCGAAGAUAUAUUUUUCCCCUGUUAUUUACGUUGCUUCACUUGCGUCUUCGUUUCCAGAUCGACUUCGAACAUGGAGAAAGAAGAGUCUACGGCCGCCGUAGCGACGCAGAGAUCGGAAGGUAUGAUAGGAUGGGUCGAGUCGAUGAUCGUUACGAUGUCGCAAACGUCUGUGGGUCUGUCGUUCUUCAGACUGAUCGAUUCUUUCCUGUGGGUCGUGGAGAAGUCGGCGCAAUGGAGCCUGCCGUCCCAUGAAAUCAGCGCUGAGGAAAAUGGAAAGGUGUUCGGGAAAAUUGAAUUGGUCAGACCUUUACCUUGGAUCCUGUUCUUACCAAGUUUGAUCAUCUUACGGAUGAUCAGAGGCGGACUCAACGUGGGCGCUUUCAUUUUGGGCUAUCCUCAAAUACAACCCAGUGGAAUGGUGAAAAUCGUGCAAAAGGGUCGCAGGCGUUUAAGAGCGCUGAAUUUGAAGGCGGUGAAAUCAUCGAGGCGUAAGACGUGCAACAAGGACAAGAGGUUGACGAUGAUCGAGGCCAAGAAGGCCCUGAUCAAAUCCAUAAGAUUGACACUGUCGACGUUGUCUUGCUUGGACUCGUCUAAGUUAUCGCCGUCCCCACCGCCCACUAAAAUUCGUAUAACCGGCUCGGAUCUCGAAACGGCAAUAACCCCAGACCAAAAUUCGACCACAGAAUCCGCCGGAAGUCCUAUGCACACAGAACCGAAACGCAAAUUCUCUAAAGUGAGUAUGGACUCAGACAGCACUGAUGAGUCUGAGAACGAAAGCCUGCCAUCGAAGAUCAACAGAUAUGCCUCGAUAGACAGUACGCAAGACUCCGAUUUCAAUCCCGCCGACUGUACCUCGGAAUCCAGCUCGUCGAGCAGCGCAGACGAAGUGGAGAAGAUCGUUUCGUUGUCCGAAUUGGAAGACGUUAAGAAACAGGCUGAAGAAAUGCUGAACGAAUUGAAAGAAAGGUCAAACGAGCGUCCCGUGAAUAAGGAAACGAGCGACCAGGAAACGAAGGAAGAGAUGGCGAUGGGCGUGGAUCGUGUCGACAGUCCGGAAUCCCAAACACAGGCCGACAAACACGUAUCGAACGAUUUUAUCAACGGAGAAAAAAAUUCCUGCUUGACAGAAACGUCUCCAGCAGUAACAGCAGCACCGCCACCACCGCCGCCACCAACACCGAAGCAAGAGGUCACCAAUGGCGUAGCCACCGAAAAGCGUCACCAGAAACCGAAUCAAAAACCAAACGUACCGGCGCACCCUCGGGGCUCAAAUUCGAAGGACCAGGCGCCUCAUCAUCAAGAUAAAAAGAGUAGUCCACGCAAGAAGACCGGACGAUACAACACGAAAUAGAAGAAAAAUCUUGAAAAAUUGAAAACUGAGCAAAGACAUCGUGCUCUGAGUUCACGCAAAUACAA